AAAAAAAUCGGCGAAUAUUUUAGGCGAUUACAUUGACUGUAUAUAUAACGUGACGAUUGCAUAUCCGGUAAAUAUUGUUCAGUCUGAAAUUGAUCUCAUAUUGAAGGGUCAGGCUCCCCGUCAAGUUCGAUUUCAUAUUGAGCGCAUUGACAUAGCACGUGUACCAAACAGCGAUCGAGAUAUUGCGAACUGGAUUAAUAAGCUGUGGAUUGAGAAGGAUGAGAAACUGGAUGCGUUCUAUUCGCAGCAACUGCCUCGCCAUCACUUUCCAGGAGACAAGGAUAAAUUCGUCUGGGAAGAGGAGAAACCACUUCAUGUAAUCGUCAAAUUAUUCAUAUUCUGUUUUUGGGUGUCCGUUAUCCCUAUUUGGCUUUUUCAUCUCACAUUUCUACGAUUUGUACAGCUCGGAUUUGUGUAUUUCGUUGCGGUUUACUGCUAUAUCUACUGCAAAUAUGGUGGUAUUGAACAGAUGGUUUACAUGAAGUGGCGACACGCGAUGCGGGCUGGGACAACUGACUGAGC